ACGAAAGAGAGAUGAGUAAAGUCGUGGAGUGGUCUGAUUUACCUGGAGACCUCGUGGAUUAUGUAGCCAACGGUCUCUUCUCCAAAAUUGAGCUUCUGCGAUUCCGUAGCAUCUGCAAAACAUGGCGUUCAUCUGUCGUUGCGUCCAAAAAACGUUUUCCCAACCACCGCAACCGAAACCGUAGACGCCUUCUCUCGUCCUACGAUAAUAAAACGUGUUCACUCUCUCCCGCAGCUUUCUACCGUGUGAUUCGCUCGUCAUGUCCCGGUAAAGGAUGGCUUAUCAAAACCCAAGAUGUCUGUGAUGACUCCUCCAAAACGCAACUCCUUUCGCCCCUCUCUCGUAACUCCAUCGACUCUUCUUCCGGCAUAACCCUAGAUCUCUUGGACUUCACGGUAUCCGAAAUUCAUCAAUCAUAUGAUGUCCAGUACUCAAAGAAAGCGUCGUAUACGUUUGCUAGAGUUGUUCUAGUAGGGGAUCUGGUUUUUGUAGUUAAUUGCAACAAGCAAAUCUGGUGGUGCAACAGUAGCGAAACUAGUAAACCUUGGGAAAGAAUCAUGGAUGAAGAAGUUCAAAAAUUCUCGGAUAUCAUACUCCACAGAGGUCACAUAUAUGCCUUAGACUUGAAAGGAGCAAUUUGGUGGAUUAGUUUAUAUGAGUUUAACAUUUUUCAGUACGGACCUUCGACUCCAUUGGAAUACUACGAGAUUGAUGACUACUGCAAAGACAAGGGGCUCGUGGAGUAUUGUGGGGAUCUAUGCGUUGUUCAUCGUUUCCGUAAGGAAUUUUGCGUAAAGAGAGUUAAUGUUGAGAUGACCAUUGGUUUCAAGGUUUAUAAGAUGGACGUGGAGAAUGUUGAAUGGGUUGAGGUUAAGUGUUUGGGAGAUAAAGCUCUUGUCAUGGCUACGGAUAGUUGUUUCUCUGUCUUGGCCAGUGAUUAUCAUGGAUGUUUGGAGAAUUCAAUCUAUUUUAUAGAUAACGAAGAGAAGAACGAUGUUAAAAUGUUCAAGCUUGGUGAUGGUAGUAUUACUAAAAUGGCUGACUCUUCCUCUCAGAGUUGUUUUCAGAUGUUUAUUCCUCACUUUACCUGAGGAUUUUGUUCUUAUGAUGAGGAUUUUGUUCUUAUGAUGGGUUUAAUUCUUUUGUCUCUAAUUUGUUCAUCAGAGAGUAAAAAUUGUUUUUAAGAUUCUGAUUUUGUGUUUUUAUUUUUUUUAAAUUGUAUGAUUUUGCUUAGUAAACUGAAAUUGCAAAAGGAAAAAUCGGAAUAUGCACUCUUUGAGACCA